CUUUAAAGCAACUUGAUGGAGAAAACUAGAGGAUUCCCUUUAAGAUGACACGCACAGACCCGCCUGACCUACUGCUAUCAACUGUGCAUCGAGAUAUAAAAGUGAUUCCCAUUUGUUCACAUUACAAGUCCCUUCAACCCUCCAAACAAUGUGAUUCUCUAAAUUACAACACACUGGAGGACAGUAAGAGUAAAGUCAAUAAGAGGCACUGCCAUACCUUUGACUAUAAGUCAUUGGAGUACCCAAGCUCACGCCAAUAUUCAAUGGAGUCCCCAUACAGGAAAGCUGAAAGGCACGCAGCCAACCAAGAUGUUGCCUGGGAUUCCUUGGGCCGCCAACAGAGAUAUCGCUUUUCUGCUCCAGACAUAUUUAGCCAUAGGUUGACUUCUCAACCAAUGGCCACUGAUAUGGCAAGUGAGGUAGUCGUCCCUGAGCAAAAAAGAAGGACCAGGUCAAAAAGUGCCCCUCGGGUCCAGACCAAUCUCACCCCUGUGUCUUUUGAAAGGUGCUCUUCAUCAGGGAGGAAGGGAAGGGAGUACCAAAGGGCUGCAAGAGACUCUCACUGGAGACAAGAAGUAUCACCGCGCAGGGAAACAUCGUACGCUGCAACAAGGGCGCACAAGCACGAACUACAUCCCAUUAAGUUGCAACCUCAAAUGGGCGACAGCAGUAGAUAUUCACCUCACUAUGCUGCCGAUACGACUGAAGAUGGAGGGAUGGAUAAACCAGCAACUAGCCCUCAUGUCAGGUGCCGGAUGGACAUCAAACCGGAUGAUGCAGCCUUACAUCAUUCUGGACAGAAACAGUCUACACCACAAAUGGACAUUCCGUGGCAGAGGCACCACAGUGCAGGGAGUAGGAGUCUGACUGUACCACGCCAUUUCUCCUACUCAAGAACACCAACCCCCACUGACUCAUUAGGUCCAGAGAGUAGGCAAGCUUAUCAAUAUUCCCGCAGCAUGCCAAACACUUUCUUACAAUCCAUGGAUAUCCCCUCACAAAGAAUGCCUCCAUCGGGUGAUUACUACGGAAGGGAAAGAAGAGCUCACUCGAGUCCCAGCGUGCCAACAAAGUUCUUUUAUGCAGACAACCCCGGGCGAUAUGUGACAACUGUUCAACCAACCUCGUACUAUCACGACGAACGUUACACACCGGGACAAGCAUAUACUCCCAAAGUGCAAUAUGUGCAAGAUCCAAGGACUCGAAUGGUGCAUGCUGUCACUACAAGACCUUAUUAUCCUGAGAUGGAGUCCUAUCCAUACUCUGUGCAAACAGGCUAUCCCAAAACCUACACAGCAAAUGAACCAGGGCCAUACAUUAUACAGACACCUCCAACUAGAAUGUUUUAUGGGGACGAUCCAAGAUCUUAUCAAAUCCAGACUGCUCCACCAAGGUUUUACUAUCCCAGUGAUGUGUAUGCAAUGCCACCCGAGCAUCACGUCCCAGCGAGGGCAUAUUACACAGAAGGUCGAAGACAUGCUCGAGUUAUUCAGGCUCAAACAGAUGACUGGUACGGCUCAGAAGCCUCUGGUUAUUCCACUAAUCCUGCCUCUUACGUAUCUCAAGUCACUCCAACCAGAGUCCGGCAAGAGCCUGCGUUAGCACAUUGGUACACGAACCCGUGUGUAGAACCUCAAAGAAUCGGCACAGAUUCCAAAUCUUACUCAAGGUCCUGGGACAAUAUUCUCAACUAUCAUGGAGAGAAGGAGCAACCUCCUCCUGUGCAGCGGCGUCAGAGCUAUGAUGAUCUUAUUGACUCCAGGAAGCCUGCGGUGGACGCAGCUGACAAGCCAGAACCAGUGGUUGUCAAUCUCUCCAGUUCCCCAAGACGCUAUGCAGCCUUAUCAAUGUCUGAUAACUCACUAAUUGACAAAAGUCCAACAGAGACGGUAAAGAGCAGCACCAGUAAACUCUGGUUUGUCACUCCAGAGAUAACAAUCACCGACAAUGACAUUCAACCAGGGAAACUUAAUAAGGCUGAAGGGCGGUCUGCCAGCUGGGAUGUUCUUGACUCCAGAAAUAUCAAGGGUCCAGAAUUGUCUCAGUGUGACUUUGAAAGCGCAACCAAAGAGAAGACACAUGACAACGCCUCACUACAGCAAAGCCUAGAACAACUUGACGAGCUUCUUGCAGAUCUUGUGACAGACUACAAGCCGCCUAGCAGAAGGGCCAGUGAAGACAUUCUGGAUCAACUCAAGAAGUUGAUUGACGAAGAGGAAGCAGCGUCGCUGUCCAGAAAGAGCUCAAAGGCAGGUGCGGAGGAACCGCCACCUCUUGACAAGCAGCCAACCUCCAUACGAAUGAAUCCAGAUGCUUUUCUAGAUAUGGAUGCAGCCAGUGACGCUAUGAAGAGUGCAGAUGAGUGUUCCCCAGAUCAGAGCCCAGACGAGGACGAUACGAUGAUGUGCUCCAACAACAAAUGUCGGAGGACAGAGACCCUUUUCAACGCUUGCUUAUAUUUUAAAUCCUGCCACAGCUGCUACACCUACUACUGUUCCCGUAACUGUCGCAGAGAGGACUGGGACAUUCAUAAAGAAAGCUGCUUGUAUGGAAGAAUGGGCAGCACAUGUCGUCACAUCAUCAAGCACUGCCGGGAGACUGUCGAAGUCCACAAAGCCUUUUCACGUAUAGCAAAAGUCGGCUACCUUUCUCGGGGUAGAGGAGUUCUCUUUCUUGGUUUUCCAAAUCCAGCCUCAUCCAGUAAUUUUCUGCAGUAUGGUUUGGACAGUCUACAUAUGUCUCCUACCUACCUAUCUCUUCGGGAGCUUGAUAGCUUCAGGGACAAUCUGGGGGAGUACUGCAAAGAGCUGCAGCAAGCUGGUAAAGAGUACGACCCAAAUGAAUGCUUCAUCCUGAAUGUAUCCAUUGCUGUAGGUGAGCAACUGCCUGAUGGGCCGUCGCCAAGGAACCAAGCUCCAACUGUGAGAAAAUAUGCAAAGGUCGCCCUGGCCUCCUUCAGCCCCGAGCGGAAAGUUCAGAAGAAAGAAAGUGACAUGGAGACGCUGAUCCUCACGCCACCGCCAGGAACGGCAGAUAUCGACAAAGAGGGAGAGGAAGGCAGGAAGGCCAGGGAAAUCUGUUUCAUCAACAUACAGCGAGAGCUGAGAAUCCGAGGGGUUUUCCUACGCCACGAAUAUCCACAAGUGUAUCAGCAGCUCUGUGAGUUUGUGGAAAGUAACAGAAGGUUCACGCCCACAACCAUCUACCCUAUUGAUAAAAGGACCGGUAAACAGUUUAUGUGCAUGAUUAUGGCUGCGUCCGAGCCCAGGACCUUGGACUGGGUAGGCACCCCGCAUCUCCUAGAUGACAUUAUUUAAGUGCGUCUUUUGUUGUAAAUAUAUAUAUGUAUAGAAAUACAUAUAUAUUGUUACACAUAUUUAUAUAUCAGUCCAAUCAGAAACAUUUGCAGAUAAGUAUUUUGUUAUCCAAAUGAUAUAUAUUCAUGCCUGCUUGGUCAGUAUUAGUCUUUAUGAGAAUAAUUCCUGUCAGGUGGAGAAUGAGUACAUUACAUUUCCGUUUAUCCGCCACAAGUCGUUCAUCUCCUGUAGAUCCUGGUCAUGUACUGUUACAACACAUUUUUUUUAUUGUUAACACAAACGUGUAUGUUUUUCAUAACUCUGCCUCGUGACAGUGACAGAGUCCGCUGGUGAAAAAUGACUUAUUUUUCAUACACAUACUUCAAUGGUAUACCUUUCAGAAAAUGUGAUUAUUGUUUAUUUUUUUAGUUAUGUAAGAAGUACUUUCUAUGCAAAGUUACAUUAUGACUCAUAUUAUAUUAUAUUAUAUUAUAUUAUAUUAUAUUAUAUUAUAUUAUAUUAUAUUAUAUUAUAUCAUAUUAUUCUGAUACAUACAAACUUUUACUGGCAACGGAAAUCCUCAUCCUAAGUAAAUAAAUAAAAGUGAAAGAAAGAGAUAGUCGUGCUACUGUAAACAUAUAUAGAAACAGACAUUAAGUCUUAACGUUACUUAGGUAGAAAUACUAUAUUGAAAUUUAAAAAUGUUUUGUUCCAUUACUGAGUCUAAUGUGCUUUGGAGACUAACUUUAGUAGUUCUUUAAUUCUGCAGAGCAGGACUAGGAGUGUUGCUGAAGCAAACUCCACAAUGGAUAUUAAAGGGGUAGUUCAGUGUUUUUUUGAAGUGCUGUUGUAUGGACACAGCCUGUGUUCAGGUGACCCGGGCUCUCGCUGUCACUGAUAACAUGACUGUCGUGCAGGGACACAAGAGAAAAUGGAUUUCAGCCACUUUACAGAAUACUUACCAAAUCAAGUCCAGACCUGCUUUGGUCUACAGUACUUUAAGAAUACGUUAGCUGCUUCUUUUCUCAAGUUUCUCAGUGAGCUUUGGUGUCAGAGAAUAAGCAGAUUAAAAGCUGUCAAACUCAAAUGACUUGGGGGCAAAUGAGCAUAGUCUGGUCAAGAGGGGGCGGUUCUAGAGGAAGAAAGUGGGUAACUAGAAACAUAUGUAGAUAGAAUUAUGAGAGCAUUUUGUGAAAUGGCUAAAUGUGAUGAGUGACAGUGUGGAUACCUCGUGCGAUCGCACGUCACAAAGCCUGAACUACCUCUUUGAAAUGGUGCCAGUUACCAGCCACACAGUAGGUGUCGGCGUGUACUGUUCAGUUUUAAACACUGUGAAUAGUAACUUAUCUACUACGAAAAGAAAACUUGGUGUAAUACCAAAAAAAAACAUGCAAUUUCUUAUAACACUGAAGUUGUAUUUUUGCAAUAUAUUUGCAAAUUUAAAAAAAAAAGAAAAAAAGAAGAAGAUCUGAAUUAGCAGCAGGAGUUAUUGUCCUUAGAACAAAAUGAGCCCGAUGUGGCACAGUAGCUAUUAUGGUACAUUCAAUGCUUGAAGGUGGCAUUUGUUGUGUAUUUGUGCUGCACUAGAUUUUAUUAUGUGUGAUUUAAACUGCCCUGCAACCUCCUUUUUGGUUUAAGCAACUCACCACCACCACCACCACCGCCGCUGCCUUGCUCAGUGGUCGCAGAAACAUUGACUCAGCCACUCGUCCUCUUUGUUCUUUCUUGUUUUGAUACGCAGUGCAGUUUGGGUUUUAUUUCCUGACGACACGCCACUGAUGAUUUGAAACGGAUCAAACUGACUGGUACAGCGUGUGAGUUGCAUGUUGCACAUGAGUAUCCUUGAUUUUUCCCUUUCAAGUGUGAUGGACAAACGUUUGUCCAUCGUGAGCUGACCCUGCUCCUCAUGUAAAGUGGGAAGGAUGUUAAGCCAGUGGGCCCCUGGGCACAGACUGGAAAAGCCCCCCACCCCCACCCUACCUAUCCUGUACAGCAGUACAAAAAUGAAGUAAAUUUAAGGAAUCUCAAAGAUUCAUGUGCUAUUUGUCAGGCAACACCUGGCUAAUAAUAAAAUAAUAAUACUAAUAAUAAUGUGAUUGAGGGGCCCUAUUAGACCUAUCACAUAACCUAGCCCUAAACAGAAGUCACAUAAUAACCUGUGGUAUUCGGCUGAGGGGCCACAAUAAUAGAACAUAUCCUGUGGUAUAUGAUUGAGGGGCUCUAUCGUGAUGUGUCCCAUCACAUAACAAUGUGUUAUUUGGCUUCAGGGCCAGAUGAAUAACAUAGUCGUGAAGAUAUCGUGAUAGUAGCACGGAGGCUUCAGGGUCUCCCGAGUCCUUGGGCCCCAGGUAAUCCAUCCUUGGAUAUAAAUAUUAAAAAGGCUCAGUUUGUGGUAAAUGGACAUUUUUACGACACUGGACCUUUAACUAAGCUAACGGGGACGUACGAGUGAUUCCAAACUGACCCCAUUUAAAACAAAGACAUGAAGGAGUGUUUGUCAAAAGUUGAAUAAGCUGUUUCUCUGCAGUCAUCGUCCAUUAGAUUUUCCCCCACUUUAAAACAAACUUAUUCCUCAUUCAUUCAUUCAGCUUCUCCAGAGUUUUCCAGGCAACAUAUAAUGAAACUUGAAGCACACACACACACACACAGUAUGUGUUUGGCCGUGCUGUACAGAUCCAGUGGAGACGUCACUGGCUGCAUGUGAUUCUGUUUAUUUUCUAUGAUCUCAUUUAACCGGUGAUCGUGACUUGCUCGACGAAUGGACUUGUGAAAGUGAAAACUACUAUGCUGUGUAAGUAGAAGCAACUGAAUUUUACAUAACUAUUUUUAUUUUAGGUUUUUUCUUUAUGGUUUUUUUUUGGUCAACUGUUCAAAAGUUAAAAAGAGCUUGUGUCAAAACGGCAACAAAGACCAGACCUCACGUGUGGAGAAGAAUCCUGUAAUCUUGUAUUUUUUUAUACUUUCAACGUACGUGUCCGAGUGUGUCUAUUUAUAAAUCAUAUCUAAUAAAUGGAAUGAGAACUCUG